GGAUGAGUUUGGGUGAGGUGUAAUUAACGAUUUAACAUAGGCUACUGGAAAAGGUGUUCAUUCCCGAGGGGUCUACUUUGAUGGAUUGCAUUAGUAUUCUUGUCUUAUGAGUGUGUCGUUCUGCUUGCCACGUCAGGCUGCCAUUUAUUGUGUGUCUCCUGUUUUUUUCACCAAGGUUAGCUCUACUCUCAGAAGAAGACCUUGAAAACAAGAUCGGGACAGUCAGUGGCAUCCGUCAUUAGCUUUUGUUAUCGCAAUCGUCCGACUCGUCAUUUCGUGGCAUUAGCGAUAUUGUCACUCGAACUGUUUAUUUCCACAGCAUCCGUGUCAUGAUCUCACUGUUGGCGACGUUAGAGUAAAAGCUGCCGCGUACGACUGAGACGCAUCAGCCUAUCCGCAGUGCUUCAUGGAAACUCAUAAAUGUAAGACAUGGCUGCAGCUCCAUCUCGCUGAAUGCGCCUCUCAUAAGGAGGGAUCGGCCGAGUGCGAACAGGACAUUUAAUCUGUAAUCGGGUUUCUGCUGGAGUGAAGGUGACUCGCUUUUGCAGUGGAAGCUAUGCGGAGAGGAGAUGCGAGCGCUCAUCCGGCACUCUUGCGCGCUGAAGGCUGCCAGCCAAACGACCUGUCUGAGCAGUAGGGAACCAGUCGGUCGCUCUCAGUGAUACCGCAUUAACACCAACAAAAGCAGCGAACAAUUUUUUUUAAGGUUGCAAGAAUAAUCUAAAAAUUAAUUGCACGCGUAGGUUUUACCGGCCGCCGUUUAUGCAUGAGUUCUGCACCGAAUGGGCGCAAAAACCGCCCCAAAUCCGCCGGGAACAUUUUUCAAAUCGGCAAGCCUCAGUACCGGGACUCGGAGCGCCGGGAGAGCACGGAAAGCGCCCGCAAAACGCAGCGGGUGGUGGAGCACUGCAGGAUGAUUGUCCACGAUUUCAAUACACUUGUGGCCCUUUAUCGAGAGCUGGUCAUCUCCAUCGGGGAACUAACUGUCGACUGUCCGUCUCUGCGCGCAGAAAUGCACAAAACACGAACCAAAGGCUGUGAGAUGGCGAGAAGCGCGCACCAAAAUCUCUCUGCCAUUCCGGGCCCUGAGGACGGGGAAAUCCACCCAGAGAUCUGCAGACUCUUCAUCCAGCUGCAGUGCUGCUUGGAGAUGUACAUCACGGAGAUGCUCAAGUCUGUGUGCUUGCUGGGCUCGCUCCAGAUCCACAGGAAAGGAAAGGAGACCCACACAACCCCCAGGGUGGACUGCAAGCUGGAUGAGAGCUCUGACAUCCCCAUCCUGGAGGACACGUCCUCCUCACCGGUGGACUGCCCUCAGUACUGCUGGCUGGUCUCCACAGAUGUCGAAAACACGGAGAGGGACAUGAGGGAGAUGAAGAACCUACUUAGCAAACUCAGGGAAUCCAUGCCUUUGCCGCUGAAGAAUCAAGAUGACAGCAGUCUGCUCAAUCUCACUCCGUACCCCCUGGUCCGACAGAGGAAGAAGCGCUUCUUGGGGCUGUGCUGCCUGGUGUCCAGCUAAGAGUCUCCUCACUAUCUACAGUAGGGAAAAGGAGACAAGAGCAUUGUGUGAACAUUACCCAUAAUCCCUGAGCACUUGUGUCCCCCAAAACUAUUACUGCCAUAUCCAAAACAUUUAUGUGUUUGAAAAAGCUGCCCCAUUUUCUAGCUUUAUUUUGUGAUAAAAAAGGAAUUCUUUAAAAAAAAAUGAUUAAUAGUCACAAACAUAUAUAUUCUAAUUUUGUUUAUGAUGCUUUUUAACAGUUAUUUCCAAAUUUGUAAGUGGAAUUAAACUACUGCUGAUCUGUUAGUAGGCAACAUAACCAGAUGAAAUAAUAUAGGUUUUUACCUUUUACUCCAUAAUAACCACAGAUAUCUUGCUUAAUAGCUAACAAUUAAUUUGAGAGCUUCUCUUAGAAUGGAUCCUCUUCACCAACGGCAAGACUGAGAAAACAUCUGUGUAUGUUACACCUGUCAGAGCCAGACGUAAGGGUCUAGAAGCAAAUGAAAACUACUACCAAACUAGCUCCUAUUGGCAGUAUCUAUGUAUUGUCUCACAUAAUUAGACAGCUUUUACGAAAGACCUGCACUAAUUUCUUUUUCUCUUCUAGUCCUGUAACAGUACUUAUAUAUAAUUUAGUCUUCCAUAUACCGAAAAACCUGUACCCCACAUUACUUUUCGACUUCAAUGAUGCUAUACAAUACAUCUACAAAGCCUUUGCACUUAAAAUAUACCAUAGUAUAUAAAUAAAAAACUUCUGCAGAUAUAUGUGCCAUAUUUGUAUACAUAUAUAUGUGUAGAAGUAUAUAUGGCAACACACUCUUUAGCAUUACAUACUUCUUUAUUUUUAUGGUGGCUUAUUUUGGUCAAUAUAACCUGAUGGGCUCCCCAUUCGGCUUAUACAUCCAGACUGAAAAGGCACAGCAUGGUUUUUGCUUAUAAAUUAUAGUGCUAAGUGUUUAGGGCAUGCAGAAGGUAAUGACAUUUUAAGUUGAAUGAAGUUAUAGACCAUUUUACAUUGUUAAUAAACCUUUUUUUAAUGAAA